AGUACCGACAUUUGUGUUUUUGAAUGAAACGCGGUUGAUGGUAGCUCAGUAAAACUUGUUUACUCAAUAUUUUUCUCCGGUGCAACGUUGCUUGAUGUGUUCUGGUAACGUUUGAAGUUUAUUUUUUAGCUAAUUAAGGAGCUGGGCAGUCUGUUGCAGAGGAUGUCUUCCAGAGUUAGACUUUUCUACCUGCUAGCACCAUUAAUUUUCUACAGUUCAUCAAGGAAACACUCUACAGAUAACAGUUCUGUAUGUGGUUUCUGAGAGCAUCAGAGUAAUGUCUUCCAGAAAGCCAAGUUCAAGAGGGGGAGGCUUGCCCUUUGGCAGAUAUGGACAACGUAUCCCUCUUGGAAGCCUGGACAAUGAGAUUGAGUGUGUGUCAUCAAAGUUCAAAUCAAAAUCACAGCUGGAUGCUGUGAAAAUGACAAUGGAUGACAUUGCUCUCUGUGACUCAGAUCCCCACUUACACUCGCCUCCAUUUACCAAAGGGAAAUUAACUAAUCCCUCUGAUACUACCCAGACGGCGUAUGGGAUUGGAGAUGUAACGUUUAAAUCCUUUAUUUGCGCUGGUGGAGAAGUUGAGAUUUCCGAAUCUUCAGUUUCUGGAGAAGAGAGUAUAAUUUUGCCUGAAGACGUUGGUUUGUGCAACAUAGAAACACAAGAUACAGUCAUCUUUCACAGCAUGAUGGAACAGUCAUGCUGUGAUCAUAAAGAGCACCCCUAUUUCAAUCCUGAUGGGAAAGAGCUACUUGACAGUGAAGUGAGUGUCAGUGAAAUUCCCAACACUACACUCUCCUUUGAUGAGGUGGAGGAUAAACAAGGCAUCCAAGAUUUUCACACUGAUUGUAGUGGAGAGAAACUUGUCACUUGGAAAUCCUUUGUCUGUGAUGGAGGAGAGGUGGAACUUUCAGAUGCCUCCAGACUACAGGAUGACACCAUUCCUCUGCCCAUCGCAGAUCCUAGUGAUCCAUCUGAAGACAACAGUAUAAAUUCAACUUACAACUCUGAUGACCAUGCUCUGCUUAUUCAAAAGGAACAUGCUGAUCAUCCAUACUGUAUCAGUGAAAAUGGGAUUGUUCCUGUCAUCACAUCCUUCUCUGUACCAGCAAAUGGGUCUGUAGAGACUGAUGAUGGGCUGUGGGAUGUAACCUUUAAAACAAUUGACUGUACUGGAGGUGAGGUAGAAAUUUCAGAGGAAACUAAACUUUCACACGAGACUGUCCUUUUACCAGUUAACCAUAGUGUUGCCAUCAGUGAGUCAUACAAUUACAGUAUGAAUCCAAGCAUGUUAGCUAGUGACCAUGAUUUGCAAAAUGUUACUCAACACUUGGAUCAUCCCUACUAUGACUUUAAAAAUGAUUCCUCACCACGUGGCAACCUUGUCACUGCUCAAGUACCCUUGCCAUGUACUAAUGAAGCUGUAGAAGUUAAACAGACAAGUGUGAUGGUACCUGACAACCAGGGAGGCACAGGGAAGCUUGUUACAUCCCACUCUUUCACUAAAGCUGCAGGUGAGGCUGAAAAAUCAGAUAUCCAGUUAUCAGAGGAGACCUUUCUUCCAUGUCAGAACCAGGAUGUAAACUGUCAACCCCUGACUGACAAUGUGUCUGCUCCACUUACAGGGGAUCAUAUUCAAGAUGAAAAUGAACAACCAGAUAAGCACUCUGUAUUGGUUGAUGCUGAGUUAGUAAUUAAUAGUGGAUCUCCUGUGACAAAGACAUCUUCAGAAGUUUUGGAUAAUGAAAUUGUUAAAUUUCCUGUGCAUGAAAUGUCAGAGAUUUCAACAUAUAAGGACAGUAUGUUGCCUUCAGUGGUCCAUAGAGCUGAUGUGUCUGACUGGUGCCAUCUUGCAUCAGCAGAGAGCCCUGCACGUGAAGUGCAGCAGCUUUUGGAUUGUGUAACACAAGUGUGCUCCACAAGUGGACCCUCUGACUCCAGUGAAGCAAAAGACAGUGCUCUUGGUUCAUCGUCUAAUGGUCCCAUUAUUUAUAACUCUGCAGAGAAACCUGAGAAGCAGGAUGCACAGGAACAUCUUCAACAGCAUGAGGUUUUGAAAAUGCUGUCGAACUGCCCCUCAAUUGCCUCAGCCUUGGAGUUAGGAAUACUCAGUCCCAUUGUCAAGAAAGCAUCUUUGUCUUUGUUAAAGGCUCAUGGGGACCCAGCUCAAGACCAGUUUUUGGUUGAUUAUUCUGCUCUUGAGGAUGACAAAAGCUUUGUGGCUCCAGUUAACAGUGACCCUGCUGGGUUAUUGGCAGAAAUCAUGGAGAGCCCCAUGCCUCGUCCUCUGUUCAACUCCACAGCAGUAAGUGUGAAACCCCAACCAGGCUCAGCCACAGAACAGAAUGAGGAUCUGGGAAGGAAGCUCUGUGCAGCGCCUCGGUCUGUAGUUGAAAAGCCUGUUUUGGAUAACCCUCUGGUUCCUGAGGCUCAACUUCAUCAGUUUCGGCAGAUGGUAGAGCUCCUCGUAUCGGCAUGUGGAAAGAUGGGUCCUGCUGUUUUCUCUGUCUCUGCUCCACCACCUAGCGAAUCUUUGGCCCCCCCACAGCGAGUGCCUCCACUAGAAUCCCACAGUGUUUGUGUGGGCACCAGCCCUGUGAAAUUGACCGAGCGCAGUCUAAAUACAUCUGGCCUGUUUGAGAGAAAGCGGGAAUUCUCUGUGGUUGAUUCCUGCACUGUGACUGACCCCCUCUUGUGGAAUUUGCCUCCUGGCAGCUUGGAGUGUUUACCCAGACAGGAGCUGGAGGAGAGGCUAAGGUCUAGCAUGAUCAUGGUUGAGGCCCUGGCACAACAGUUGGCUGCAGCCAGGACACAAAGAUGUCUGUCUGCAGGCCCUGCUCCUUCAGACCUCAGGGAGAAACUAGUACAGACGGACCACACAGAACUCAGCCAGACCACAAUGUACAGAGAGCUGUACACUGAGGCUCUGAGGAGGAUUAAUGAGUUGGAGCUCGAUGAAAGUUCUCUGCAGAGCGUCAUGCAGUGUAUGCAAGACACGAGGGUUACUAUGGCUUUAUUGAGUAGUAAUACAGACGCCUCUCUCUCUAACCUGAAAGAAAUGGAUGACAUUGUCAGAGAGGACCAUCAAAGCCUCAUUUCACAUUAUGGACACAUGAAGUCUCUACUUGAAAAAUCAACGGAGACACAGACACGAAUGAUGGAGAAGGUAAAAGAAGUUCUUCAGCAAAGACAUGAGAUGAGGGCUCAGAUGGAAGAGGCCUUCACAGCUAAGGAGGCUGCCUUCAGUGCGAUGGAACAACUAAGGAAACACUGUGCCAAAGAAAUUUCAGCACUGGAAGAGAGUGUCGGGUCUCAACAAGAGCUCUUGGCUACUCUUAACCAAACCUAUCCAGAACAGGUUGAACUAAACAAAGUCUGUGCUGGAACAUUGAGGUCAGCCUCUGAACUUUUGUCCCAAACCAUGGAUGAGCACUCCAAUUUGAUGAUUGAACUCUGCACAGUCCGGAGCCUUCUGCAGAAGACUGCUCCCACCCUAAUGAUGCUGAAUGAGAAGGCAGCUGAUGCUAUAAGAGAGAGGGAUGAACAUAUAUCUGCGAGAGACCAAGCUGAUAAGGAGCGAGAGCAGAUUGAAGAAGAACUGAAUGAAACCCAUUCAAGUCUCCAAAAUGCCAGACAACAGAUUGGUGAUUUAAAUCUGCAGGUGACAAUUCUGACAUCAGAGAUGGGUGUUCUGCGACAGAAGCUAACAGAGAAAGAAGAGGAGACAGGUCAGCUAGAGAGGAAGGCAACAGAGUUGUCAGCCACUGUUUCCUCCACGCUGGCAUCCUACACGUUCUUGGAGCAGGCAUUAGCUGCUGAGACGACAAAGUUGCAGCAGUCAUGGAAAGACAUCCAUCAAGCUAAUGAGAGGGCAGAUACGUUGGAGGCAUCUCUGCGUGAAUCAGAGCAACGUGUGUCUGACUUGAGUCAGGCUCUGGCUCAGAGUGAAGAGCAGCUCAGUCAGCUGCAGACCGUCUCACAGUCUCAGAGUCUGCAGAUCCAGCAGCUACAGGAUGCUUGUGCACAACUCAGCGGCGUGUGGGAAAUGAAUGAGUUUCUGCAGAUGGAGAAUGAGUUGGCAAGGGAGCAGGUGUCUGAGAGUGAGCAUAUGCUGAGGACAAACCUGCAGGGGCUUCGGGAGAGGAACGUCCAGUGUGAAGACCUAAAAAGAGAAAUUAGUAAACUUCAACUUGAGAACACGACCUUGCAUGAAGAGAUGGAAACCACAAGAUCCACAGCUGAAGCAACCCAGCUGGAGCUCGAGGAGAAGAUUGCUCAGGCCGUCACUGAAAUCACGUUGCUGCAUCACACACUGCGAGGAGUGGCCAGUGAGCUACAUGCUGCUCUCAAUGACCAGACACAAGACUUACAGAAGGAUAAAGAGUCUCAGCUGCUUCAUGCUGCGGCGUGCCAUCAGCCAUCCAGCUCCUUCGUCAGCAGCGUUAUGGUGGCGUUAACCACCGAGAAUGAGGAAGACAUGAAAACAGACCCACCUGCUGGAUCAGACACGCCUGAGCUGCAGAGUGAAACUUUGUUCAGUGAGACGAGCGCCUUCACCCGCAUUGCACCCCCCAAUCCAAAAGAGAACUUGAUUGCAGUUGAGGUUGAGGAAGACGAGGAGCAGAGCAGCGUGACGGAGCUGCUCUCUGGCCUGGGCAGCACCGUCACAGAGCUCACCGGCAUGCUGAAGUUGGUGCAGCGGCAUAAAGACGCCCAGCUGCAGGAGCUGCACAGCACCAUCUAUGGCCUGCAGGUGGAGCAACAGGCUGCAAACAACAGACAUCAGGCUGAAGUGUUCGAGCUGAAGAGUCAACUCAGCCGCCUAAAUACCGUGGUCGAAAGAGGAAAUCAGGCUCUGCAGCAGAAAGCUCAGGAUGAGAAAACUUUGACUAAAUUGAUGGCAGAUGUUCAAGAGGCCCAGGAAAUUCUAAAUAAACACAAGACUGACAACAGUGACUUGCGAAAGGAUGUGAUUGAACUUCGUCGUGCCCUUCAGCAGUCAAAGGUUGAAACCCAGUUCCUGCGAGAGGAGUUGAGGAAAGCUGGUGGCCAGUCAGCUAACCCAGUAGAUUACAUGGAGGAAAAGAUCCAGUUACUGAAGGAGAUGGAGAGACUGAGGGCAAGUCUUCAGGAUGCAGAGCAGGCCAGAGUUAAACUCCUUGAAAGAGCAAAGAGACAUCAAAUCAUUCAUCAGACAAACCAGCAGAAAAGUGAAAAUGAGCUUCAGAUUUUAAACAGCAUGAUCAAUAAAGUCAGGGAGACUCUGCUGUCUUUGCCAGAGGUUGUGAAGAAGUGCGAGCAGCUCCAGCAGCUGGUCCAGUACAUCGGCUGACAUGCUUCUUGUUAUCAGUGUUUGGUUUAUUCAUGCCUGUCAUGUUUUAGCUUGUCACACUUAAGUGUUCUUAAAUUUAGGUAUAAUUAAAGUUAUUUUAAUCUUAAAAGUCCUCUUUUGUUCAUUCUUUUGUAUUUUACAAACAUUUUUGUUUGAAACAACUACACUGAUCGCUGAAAACCCCAAGCCUUGUAUCUCAUAACAGUGAGAUGUUGUGUUGUGGCGAUUUUUUUUUCUUCUUCUUCUUCAUAAUUUUAUUUAUUUAUUUUUUUUACUGGGAUAGAUUUAAAGGAGAAGUCACUGAGCCAAUGGGCUAAAGAGUUGUCAUCAAAUGUAUGAAAAUGAUGUGGUGCAAGUUGCGGCCUCCAUGUUUAUCAGAUUGAGACCUUCUAGAAACGUUUUAUUCUUUUCGUGUGCUCUGUGAGGUAAUAAUGAAAAGUAAACAAUGAUUUUAAUGGUUUCACUUCUUGACUCAGUGUUUGUCCUGUGCAGCCAAUAUAUCAGUUUGCUAAUACAUCGCACUUGUGUGACUAGUGUUUCUAACAAAGUAUGAAGAAAAAUACAUCCCGUUUGUUUUGUAAAGGUUUGUAAAGGUGUAAGUAUCCUGAGUGUUAAUAUUUACCGAUGUUGGAAAGUCUCCACGCCAACAGACUUUUCUUCUGCUCAAGCUGUAGUACAAGAUUACUGUACAGAUAAUAUUUGUUUUUCAUGCUUUCGCUUGCACUCG